UCCGGUUCCCGCGGUCACGUGACCGUCAUUCCACGUGACUGCGCGGCGCUGCGGCGCGAUGGCGGCGGGGCUGGUGCGGGUGCUGUUGUUCCUCGGGCUCUCGGCCCGCGGCCCAGCGCCGGCAGGUGCCGCGAAGAUGAAGGUGGUGGAGGAGCCCAACACGUUCGGGGUGAACAACCCGUUCUUGCCCCAGGCCAGUCGCCUCCAGGCCAAGAGGGAUCCUUCACCCGUGUCUGGGCCGGCGCAUCUCUUCCGACUCUCGGGCAAGUGCUUCAGCCUGGUGGAGUCCACGUACAAGUACGAGUUCUGCCCAUUCCACAACGUGACCCAGCACGAGCAGACCUUCCGCUGGAACGCCUACAGCGGGGUCCUCGGCAUCUGGCACGAGUGGGAGAUCGCCAACAACACCUUCACAGGCAUGUGGAUGAGGGAUGGUGAUGCCUGCCGUUCCCGGAGCCGGCAGAGCAAGGUGGAGCUGGCGUGUGGAAAAAGCAACCGGCUGGCCCACGUGUCCGAGCCGAGCACCUGUGUCUAUGCACUGACGUUCGAGACCCCCCUCGUCUGCCACCCCCACGCCUUGCUAGUGUACCCGACCCUGCCAGAGGCCCUCCAGCGGCGGUGGGACCAGGUGGAGCAGGACCUGGCCGACAAGCUGAUCACCGCCCAGGGCCAUGAGAAGUUGCUGCGGACACUGUUUGAGGACGCUGGCUACUUCAAGGCCCCAGAAGAAAACGAACCCACCAAGUUGGAGGGAGGUCCUGACAGCUUGGGGCUGGAGACCCUGGAAAACUGCAGAAAGGCUCAUAAAGAACUGUCAAAGGAGAUCAAAAGGCUACAAGGUUUGCUCACCCAGCAUGGCAUCCCCUAUAGGAGGCCCACAGAAACGUCCAGCUUGGAGCACUUGGGCCACACGACAACCAGAGCCAAGCCUCCAGAGCAGCUGCGGGGUGACCCAGGACUGCGUGGGAGUUUGUGACCCUGUGGUGGGAAGGCAGAGGUGGACACGGCCGAGAGCCCUGGAGAUUGGCUGGUAGGACCCCCAGGGACCAGCUGGCCAGGCUUGUGCUCAGAGAAGCAGACAAAACAAAGAUUCAAGGUUUUAAUUAAUUCCCAUACUGAUAAAAAUAAUUCCAUGAAUUCUGUAAACCAUUGCAUAAAUGCUAUAGUGUAAAAAAAUUUAACAAGUGUUAAACAGUUCACUACAAGUAAAUGAUUAUAAAUCCUA